CUCAGCCCGAAUCGCGUCUGGCCUCAACUGGUUGCUCAGCCGGUCCGCUGGCCAAGUGGUCAGCACGAGGAGGCGCUUCCACGUCGCCACACCUCGAUGCACCGGCCAGCCAAGACAGCAAGGUACACCGUCCACCCGCUGCCGACAGGAGGGGGCAUCCAAGUGGUUGUGCCUGUGUGUCCACACAUGGGGCGGCUCUGCGUGUGGACCGCCGUGCAUGCGCUGUUUGCCACGGCCGUUCCUGUCAUGUUUGUCCACGACAUCCCCGUCCAAGUGAUCGUGUUGUGUGCGAUUCCCAUCACGUUUGCGCUGGGGGCGUACUUGGGCUGGGCGCUGUGGCAGCUCCGCGGGGUCGAAACGUACGAAAUCACGCGCCACUCGUGGCGGUACGAAAGCGGCCUUGUCGGGCUGAUGCAUUUCACCAACGUCCACUACGACUUUCACGCGAUGGGAACCACCCACCUCGUCAUCGAACAAGGCGGGCGGUUCGGGUUUGAAGGCCACUUGAAAAUGGGCCACGCGUUUGGCGGCGAACACGAAGUGCAGUUGUUUUUGGCCGAUGUCGAAGCAUGGACGAUGGCGCGGAGCCAGCGUGGCAAGCACCCGCCACCGUGCACAACGACUCGUUCAGCAACGUCGCCGGAAGCUGUCACCCUGUACUCGUUGGAAGACUUGCCCAUCGUGGACGACGACAUGCUGAACGCCAUGAUGAUGCCAAUCUUGGAUUUGUCCGACCGCGGCGGCCAAAAUAACGACAUCCUGCGGCUCUUGUAAAGGCGAGGGAUGUCAUAAUAUUUAUUGCAGUGCCAUAGCGCGGGAGCAGGACGGUUUGACACGUUUGUUUCGGAACACGUAUAAAUGUGCACAAAAGUCGAUCAUGUUCUCCCAUAAGGUC